UCUUCUUCCGGACUUUUCACUUUUACCAUUAUACCCCUCCACCCCUUCCCUCCGUCCGUGCGCUGAACACCCCUCAACUCCACCGCGCUGCGCACGAUAACCCCCGGCGCACGACAGCCCCAGCCCCGAAAACCAUGUCCGAGCGAAUCGCGAAAACGAGAAAGAGCACCACCCAAACGCAACCCUCUCUUUCCCCUCCCUCCCCAAACAUUCCCAAAAUGCCCCGCAGAUCCCUCCUAAAACCCACCCUCGCCACCGCCCUCACCCUCUUCGCCUUCUACGCCUUCUCCACCACCAUCAUCUCUCCCAGAAUCGACUCCUCUCAAUCCUUCUCCGUCCCGAAUCCAGACGCACCUCAAUAUUCCGAUUCCCAUCCCUCAUCUGCGGCCCCCAAGAUCUACGUCUACGAUCUCCCUCGCAAAUUCACCUACGGCGUCAUCGACAGCUACGUCACUGCCCGUGGCAAUUCCCCCCCAUCCCCACUAAAGUACCCCGGCAACCAGCACUCCGCCGAGUGGCAUCUCUUCGCCGAUCUGACCCGUCCGGAUCGCCCUGCUGACUCGCCCGUCGUGCGUGUCCUCGAUCCGGAGCAGGCGGACCUCUUCUACGUCCCAUUCUUCUCGUCGCUGAGCCUUGUUGUGAAUCCGGUGCGGUCAACUGGUGGGACCUACAGCGAUGAGGAGAUGCAGGAGGAGCUGGUGGAGUGGUUGGAGAGUCAGGAUUACUGGAGGAGGAAUGCCGGGCGGGACCAUGUGUUUAUAUGCCAGGACCCGAACGCGCUCUACCGGGUGGUGGACCGUGUCAAGAACGGGGUGCUGCUGGUGUCGGAUUUCGGGCGGUUGAGGCCGGACCAGGCGUCACUGGUGAAGGAUGUGAUAUUGCCUUAUUCACAUAGGAUCAAUUCGUUCAAUGGCGAUGCUGGGGUUGAGAGUAGGAAAUCUCUGCUAUUCUUCAUGGGGAAUCGAUACCGGAAAGAGGGUGGGAAAAUUCGUGACACACUCUUCCAGAUUCUUGAGAAGGAGGAAGAGGUAGUAAUAAAACAUGGAGCACAGUCCAGGGAGAGUCGACGUAUGGCUACACAAGGGAUGCAUUCAUCCAAGUUCUGUUUACAUCCUGCCGGAGAUACACCCUCAGCCUGCAGACUCUUUGAUGCGAUUGUGAGCUUGUGUGUUCCGGUGAUAGUCAGUGAUUAUAUUGAGUUGCCUUUUGAAGAUGUCAUAGACUAUCGAAAAAUUGCAGUAUUUGUAGAUACAGCCACAGCCGUGCAGCCUGGAUACCUGACUUCCAUGCUGAGGGAUAUAAGCACAGAGAGGCUUAUGCAAUUUCAGCAGGAGCUUAAAGCGGUGAAGCGGUAUUUUGAGUACGAGGAUCCAAAUGGAACGGUGAAGGAGAUCUGGCGUCAAGUCUCUAUGAAGCUGCCCCUAAUAAAACUGAUGAUCAAUCGUGAGAAACGCCUUGUGCAAAGGGAUUUGCCCAGUCCCGACUGCUCUUGUCUCUGUUCAAACCAAAGCGGGACAGCUACCAACAUAUGAUGUGGCUCUUGAUAUCCACGUGGAAGGACUUGUGUCUGGAAUCUCUAAACUGGACUCAUAUUAUCUGAGGCGGAUUUUUUUGGGGAAAUGAAGCAUGCACUGGCUACCCUUCCUUGACUGAAAGUGACCUGCAUUUGUCAUAGCUUGCGGUGUAACAACGGCAAUACAAGAAAUUUCUCACAAAGGCAAUACAAGAAUUUUCCCACUGAGAUGGCGCAGGCACGUGUAUCCUUCACCUUCAAAUAAGAUUGUCUUUAUAGUAUUCAUUUCUUGCACUUCUUUUGUGAUUUUUGAGGCUAUUCAUAUUGCUUUCUUGACAUUGAAAUGGCAAUGCCAAAUAUAGCUGAUAUGAAGGCAGGAUGUUGUAAUUUGUUUCAUGUGUACAUACAGUCAAAAAAGAAAAAAAUAAAUAAAAUAAAAUCACGCCGUGUUAGAUUA